AUGAAUCGUUCCGGCGGCGUCAAUCUAGAGGAAUCGACCUCGAUUCCGUCUCAUCCUCGAGUGAGACCGCGGCCAACCUUUAAAAAGAAGGCAGCCUCGUCCGACACAUGGCGAGAAUGCUCGGCCAAGGAAAAGCAGUUCAAUCGACCAGCAACGCGGAUAAUCUACACGGGCCUGGUCAUUGAAGUACGAGCAUGCUCCCACGGCAAGCGCAGCAAUGGACAGUGUGACAGGGGCUUGCCCGGCCGUUCCAGAAACUCAGAACGACCCCUGCACGAUCAAUCCACCCGACAAGUUGGCUCCGCUUGUGGACGCACCCGGCGAUAUCCAGAGAACUACCUCCAUAUUGAAGCAUGGUUGGACACAAGCCUGGAAUGCAGCGAGCCCUUGAAUGAACAACCCGAGUGGACGGAUGCUGGCCACGCUGUGGCCUUUCUUUCCCGAAGAAGCUGCCAGACCCGUCUCUCCACGGGCGCGCAAGCCGACGAUGCAUGCCCGGCUGCCAAGGAGCAUCAGCCCAAAGGUGGGGUCGAGGCUCGGGGAGCCCCUAGCCACUCGGGUGACCGAGAUGAGGACACGAGAGGCUAA